CAGCCCCACUUGUUUUUUAAUCAAUAAAGAAAUGCCAUCUUUGUCAAGCUCUCAACUUUGAACCAAAUUCUGUCUCCCAUUUUGAUAUGUCCACAUCUGCUUUUUUACUUUGGCAAGGAUUAAGAUAAGUAUCAGAAGGCAAAGCUGUCCACAAAAGCAGAAGGGUAGUUAAAGUCAAGGAAGGAACAGCUCAAUAGGCUUCUCCCACGAUACAGAUGAUUAAACGACGUCGUAAUGCAACAGUAUGUAUAUGUUAGUCAACUACUUCUUACAUUGCGCUGGAUACGCGUACGCUGUAAUAAUUAGUAUUCUCUUUGACGCGCUUUCUGAGCGUGGUUUCACCUUCUCCCUACAUCGUCAACCUUACUCAACUGUGAAACUUCAAAACACAUACUUAAAACGUUACUCAAAUCGUUGAAUCUUUUCCCUAUUUGAAGUCGAUCUUAAUUGGAGACUAAGCUCUUGAAAAGAAUAUUUUUGUGUAAUUUUGUAUAAGUGUAUGGAGACGAAGGCGCCAGCGAGGACGCUGUUAAAGCAGUCAUCGUUAGCUCCGGAUCGGCAGCGGAAGGAGGCGGAGCUGACGGAUGGAGAAGGCGACGGAGAGGACAUCAAGCCGGAGGUGAGGUUGAUGUAUUUGGCCAAUGAGCGUGACUUGGAAGGCAUAAACGAGCUCUUAGAUUCAGGCAUUGAUGUAAAUUUUCGCGAUAUUGAUGAUCGUACGGCUCUCCACGUGGCGGCUUGCCAGGGCUUCGUGGAAGUUGUCGAAUUGUUGCUCCAACGUGGCGCUGACGUGGACCCCAAGGAUCGUUGGGGAAGCACGCCUCUUGCAGAUGCUAUAUAUUAUAAAAACCAUGAUGUGAUUAAACUUUUGGAGAAACAUGGAGCAAAACCUCUGAUGGCUCCAAUGCAUGUCAAUCACGCCCGUGAAGUUCCAGAGUAUGAAAUUGAUGCUCAUGAACUCGAUUUUACUAAUAGUGUUGAUAUUACUAAGGGGACUUUCCGUAUGGCAUCAUGGCGUGGAAUUCAAGUUGCUGUAAAAAAGUUGGCGGAGGAAGUGAUUUCUAAUGAAGAUAAAGUGAGGGCAUUCAGGGAUGAGCUUGCAUUGCUUCAAAAGAUUCGACAUCCAAAUGUAGUCCAAUUUCUAGGUGCUGUAACACAAAGUAGUCCUAUGAUGAUUGUGACAGAAUAUUUACCUAAGGGAGAUCUUCGUGCAUUCUUGAAAAGAAAAGGAGCACUGAAGCAAUCUACAGCUGUGAGAUUUGCACUUGAUAUUGCAAGGGGAAUGAAUUAUUUGCAUGAGAAUAAACCAGUCCCAAUCAUUCACCGUGAUCUUGAGCCUUCAAAUAUAUUGCGGGAUGAUUCUGGACAUCCUAAAGUUGCAGACUUUGGAGUUAGCAAGUUGCUCACUGUUAAAGAAGAUAAACCUCUUAUUUGUGAAGACGCUUCAUGUCGGUAUGUGGCUCCCGAGGUUUUCAGAAAUGAAGAGUAUGAUACCAAAGUAGAUGUAUUCUCAUUUGCUUUAAUUGUGCAGGAGAUGAUUGAAGGUUACCCGCCAUUUUGCAUGAAGCAAGAUAAUGAAGUACCUAAAGCAUAUGUUGCUGGACAGCGUCCACCUUUUAAAGCUCCUGCAAAACGUUAUGCACAUGGACUUAAAGAGUUGAUUGAAGAAUGCUGGAAUGAGAAGCCAACUAAGCGACCGACAUUCCGGCAAAUAAUAACAAGACUGGAAUCCAUUGAUAACAGUAUUGGUCAUAAGAGGCGAUGGAAGGUCAAGACACUGAAAUGCUUACAUAAUUUGGAGGCCCUUCUAAAGAAAGAUCAUUCCAGUCCUAGUAGCCAAAGUAAUUCAUCUAGUUCAAAUAGGAGCAUAUGAAGAAUCGAGGAUCAAUCUGCUAUUAGUUUGUAAGUUUGCCAAUGGUUUCCUUUUCCAAUCAGGUAGAGGACGGUAUAGCUUUUCUUAUUUCCAAAAUUUCACAUGUAGCCAAUGAAAAUUCUCUUCCUGAUUUUUAGCUCCCCCUCUGAUUUUGUGGCGUGAAGAUCCUAUUUCUACAAAGUAUUUAUAGCUCUGUACAUUAUGUGCAUAUUGGCAAUCUUAAAUUUCAUCUCUAUUUUAACUUUG